CCUCGCCACAUUUCGGACUCCAUAUCCCACAAUGCAGAGUUCUCCAGAGGCGGGCCAACCCGGGAUCGUAAAGAACUUAGGGAGAUGUAGUACAAAUCUGCUCAGUCAUAAGCCUGCCCGGCAGAGACUUCAAGACACCAAAAACUACAAUUCCCGCUGGCAACGUAGCUCCAGGCUCUCAGUUUCCCUCUCUCCCCCACUCUCUCUGUUUAUCCCCUCGCCUCAGUUGUGAUAGCUAGGGUCAAGUCCGCUGUAGUGAUUGACUGAGGGAACCCUGCUCCCGGGGUCCGAGUCCACCUUUGCUAACUGGCUUUCCUCCUAGCCUUGGGCCUUGGGGUGAGGGGGCGUGGCACAACCUUGACCCCGCCCCCCUCUGGGAUGCUGGGGCCUGGUCGCCAUAGCGACCGGCUGUACACUACCACAACUUCACAGGCAGUGGAUGCUGGCUGUCCGGCUGCCCGAGGGUCAUGGCCUCCCCGAAGCCGCGGUGCUCCAGCUUCGCGACCACUUCGAGAACACACAUACAGCCUUCAGGAGUGACCGUAGAUGACUCCUACCUCACAGAAGCCAAGAGCUCCCAGAACCGAAAGUUUUCCCAGAGACAGAAGACGCUGUCCUGUCAGUUCUCCAUUGGUGGCCACCUGUCCCCAUGGCCCACAUACACCAGUGGUCAGACCAUUCUGCAUAAUCGAAAGCCCUGUUCAUAUGAUUACCGGAAACGAGCAGGUAGUUGGCAGCAGCAGCCCCUGGGCACUACUAAGCCGAGGUACCUGGAGCAGCUAGAGAACUACCUACGCAAGGAGCUUCUCCUGCUGGACCUGAGCACAGAUUCUGCCCAGGAGCUGAGGUUGCAGCCUUACAGAGAAAUCUUUGAGUUCUUCAUAGAGGACUUUAAAACGUACAAGCCAUUGCUAUCUUCCAUCAAGAAUGCAUAUGAGGUGAUGCUGGCCCACCAGAGGGAGAAGAUUCGGGCUCUGGAGCCCUUGAAGGCCAAACUUGUCACUGUGAAUGAGGACUGCAACGAGAGGAUCCUGGCCAUGCGGGCUGAGGAGAGAUAUGAAAUCUCCAUGCUGAAGAAAGAGAAGAUGAAUUUGCUAAAACUCAUUGACAAAAAGAACGAGGAGAAGAUCUCAUUGCAGAGCGAGGUGUCCAAACUGAGGAAGAAUUUGGCUGAGGAGUACCUGCACUACCUCAGUGAGCGAGAUGCCCGCAAGAUCCUCAUUUCAGACUUGAAUGAGCUGCGGUACCAGCGGGAAGACAUGUCACUAGCCCAGUCCCCAGGUAUCUGGGGCGAGGACCCCGUUAAGUUAACACUGGCUCUGAAGAUGACCCGGCAAGACCUGACCCGCACACAGAUGGAACUCAACACCAUGAAAGCCAACUUUGGAGAUGUGGUGCCCAGGAGGGACUUUGAAAUGCAGGAGAAGACCAACAAGGAUCUGCAGGAGCAGCUGGACAGCCUGAGAGGUGACUAUGAAGAGGUCUGCAAGGAGCACGAUAUACUGCUACAGUUGCACAUGACCACACUGAAGGAGCGGGACCAGUUUUAUUCUGAGCUCCAGGAGAUCCAGCGCACCUCUACACCACGGCCUGACUGGACCAAGUGUGAAGAUGUGGUGGCUGGGGGCCCAGAUCGCUGGCAAAUGCUGGCCGAGGGCAAAAACAGUGACCAGCUGGUGGAUGUGCUCUUGGAGGAGAUUGGCGAGGGCCUGCUCCGGGAGAAAGACUUCUUUCCUGGUCUGGGCUAUGGGGAAGCCAUCCCCUCUUUCCUUCGAUUUGAUGGCAUUGUGGAGAACAAGAAGCCAACCAAGAAGGAUGUGGUAAACCUACUCAAGGAUGCCUGGAAGGAACGUCUUGUUGAGGAGCAGAAAGAGAAAUUCCCAGAUUUCUUCUUCAAUUUCCUGGAGAAUCGCUUUGGACCUGGUGAUGCCAUGGCCUGGGCUUACACCAUUUUUGAAAAUAUCAAGCUCUUCCGUUCUAAUGAGGUCAUGAGCCAGUUCUAUGCACUCUUGAUGGGAAAGAGGAGCGAGAGUGUGUACAUCAAGCAGAAGGAGACCGUAGUACAGUUGCUGAAGGAGAUGACAAAUGCUGACAGUCACAAUGAGGGGCUGAUAACCAUGGAAAACUUAAGCACUGUCCUUAAGAGCACCUUCCCCUUCAAGAAGGAAGAGAGAAUCCAGGAGUUGAUGGAGGCAGGGGGCUGGCAUUCCAACAGUAGCAAUGCAGACUUGCUCAACUACCACUCAUUGUUUAUAGAGGAUGAGGAGGGCCAGAGUAUGCCCUUUGUGCAAAAGCUGUGGGAACAGUACAUGGAUGAAAAGGAUGAGUACUUACAGGAGCUAAAGCAGGAGCUGGGCCUGGAACUCCAUGAUAAAGUAACCCUACCCAAGGUACGUGAAGCCCUGAUGAACAUUGAUCCCGGCCUGGACAAACAGACCCUGAAUAGCUAUUUGAGCCAGGCCUUCCAGCUCCCCAUGACAGAACUGCCUGAGGAGGGUGAAGAGAAGGAAGAAGCCAUUAUGGAACAGCUCCAGAUUGCCCUGGAACAGCUUCAGAUGAUUGACCUCAGGCGCAUGGGGCCUCGAGAGCAGGAGCCUGCAAGCUAGGGCUGCUAUGGGCAGCCUGAGUGCUCCAGUGCUCUAGUGCUCCUAACCCCUAACUUUUAGUAUAAAAUUAUUUGUCUGAACCUA